AUGGAUGCCACUGACCCACACACUCUAUCUGAACCUGAGAGCUUGUCUGAUUCAGACUGGCUAGAUAUCGCAAGCAGCAGGGCAUCCGAGGACACCGACUCGGUCGUCGGCUUCGAUAGCGAUCGCGAGCUCGACUCCCAGGACGACAGGCCCCCCUCCAGGCAUUCGUUCUCCAGUACGAACAGCUCGCACACCAGCGAGGUCCAAGCCUGGGAAGGUCUCAUUGAAGACAUCCCCGAUGAGCGCCACACUGCCACACUCCCGCUGACCCGACCCUCCGCUCUCAGCAGUAGUGCGCCUGCAGGCGGGGUUGCACCUGCAGCCCAGCAGGCAGAUCCGGAGGAGGAGCAGCGGGUGAAGGAUGCUCUCGACCAGAGCAUGAUGAGCACGCUGAGCUCGUCGCGCUCUAACACCCUCAGUGGCUCGCACUCCUCGCUCGUCCGCACCCGCGAUCUCCGGCUCUCCUUCCCGGACCCGCUCACAAGCUCCCGGGACGAGCCACUCAACGACUCCUACGAAGCUGUCGCGCCCCCGUCCGUCGCAGAGGUCGACGCGUCCCCCGCAGUCCUGCCCGGCGCUGACUCCAGCCCGCGCCGCACGGCCGACAUCGAUGCAGCGCUAGCGCCUACAGCUGCGGAUCCGGGCUCGCUCGCCACGCCCGCGGUCCCAGAUGCAGAAGAGAGCAGUCGCGAAGACGAAUACAGGCCUGAUCUCUACGUCGUACUCUACGGCUCAUCGUCCGGGGUCAAGUGGUCCCUGAUCGAUAAGCUGCUUGAGAAGGCGGCGGUCGGCAUGGGCCUCACGCUGACCUCGCGCAUCGUCGGGCUCAUCGACGGGUAUGUCCGCUUCCUAUCGUCCAAUGGCGGCCAGGACAAUAGGACGGUUUGGGUCAUCGACCGAACGGACAGUGUUGAUACUUCGAGCUUUGUCCCGUUUGACCGGCCUUCCUUAGCUGUCGUGUUUCUUCCAUCGCCUUUGACUUUCGUGCCCGACCAUUCUCUCUACCUUCCGGUCUUGGCACAUAGCCCGAGCGUCAUAGAUAUUCCCUUCUCCGCUGACCAACUCCUCGACGCCGAGCAGCAAUGGGAUACAUUCAACGUCCCACAGCGCAAGGUUGUGCCAGUGUCUCGUUGCUCGUCCUCUGUCGUCGAUGUAGACGAGAUUGAACGUGUCGCACCCAAGCAACUUGCUCGCGCCUUGCGCCCGCUGUUCGCAGGAGAGGUGCGGCAAUCUCCCCGCUUUACGCAACGGAUCGCUUCGAAGCACGCUUUCACGAUUCUCGCGAUUCUGUCCGUCGUCCUCGGCUACGCGAUCAAGGGCUCCUUCACCCCUUCCGCCACGCCCACAGUCGUAUCCUCGCAGCCUCAGCAGACGACACCCACGUUCGCAUUCCCGCCGGUCAGCGUGCCCAUCAACCAUUCGACCCCACAACCGAGCCUGAACCCCGCGACAUCGGGACUCGUUCGGUCGUCUCUGAAGGACUUCGCCCUGGCCGUGCUCCCCGCGCCACUUGUUGCUUCUACCUCGACCAGUCAGCCGUCGGCCAUGCCAUCUCCCCACCACGCCGACCCCGUCACCUCCGUAGAUGCGCCGUCCGAAUGCGCCUGCGGCUGUGGAUUGAUCACCUGGCCAGGCAAGUCCAAGGGUACCACGGACUUGAUGCUCCGUCCGACGCCCGCGACGUCAGCGGUACACGACGCUGGCAAGUCUAGUCUGGCGAUGGUUUCCUCGCAUUCAGGCUACGUUGCGGACGGCGCGAAGGGCAAGGCUGUCGCGCGCGGAGACGACACGAUGUUUGCGUUGAGCGCCUGGCGCGGCGCGGGCUCGCUCGCGGAGAUCCUCGGCCUCGGAUACACCGCCGUGGCGCGUGUGGUCGCACAAGACGUGCAAGAGAUCAUGGACGCGCUGGACGAACUCGCGCGUGCGAUUGGGCGGCAGUCCGCGUUGGUGUGGGCGCAGUCCGCGGGGGCCGUGCAGGGCUUGAAGACGAUGAUCCAUGCGCGGCAUGAGCGUGCUCGUGCGCGGGCGAUGGAGCUGAGGCGGAUGGGUGGACGGCUGUUCGAGUCGGUGCAGGAGAAGGUGAAGGGGAGGGUGAACAGGGCGAGGGAGAACGCGCGGGCGUCGAAGGACGAGAUAUUGACGAUGGAUGCGUGGCCGGUCCGCGGGAGGCAGAUGGUGGAGUCCAUGACGGCUCGUAGGCUCGCUCAGGAGCGCAGGGCGCAUCGGAAGGCGAGGACGGCGCUGACGCACUGA